AUGAAAACUGAUAUUGUGUUGUGUCUCUUUGUCUUACAUAUUAUAGCGUUCAUAUUUUAGCUUUCACCUACCUGAGGGCAUUGUGAUUAUUUUUCUUUGGUCCUUAGUUGGUGAAACCUUUGACCAAUAUUUUUAUGAACGUAUCUGCAAUCUAAAUUUUACAUGUGUUUUCCACAGGUUCUUGUCACUAUGUCUCAUCCAGCGAAUAGUUCCUGUUCUCGUUAUAUAACAUCAAUGGCUACGCUUCUGUUAAGGUGAACAUCAAGUCAAGUCAUUACAGUAAAGCUAUUUACACAUGUUCUGAUAGGGGACCAUCCUUUGGUUACGGACACGACCUGGGCAUAUCCAGCAACGCUACAAGCAACAGCAAUUCUCACACCUUCUGUGGCCACACCUACCCCCUCCCCCAUGGGUACUCUGCAUAUUACUCUUCCUGUAGAUUUUAUGCAGGUGGAUCCGGUAUCUACUUCACUCCCACUGAUGUUGAAGUGUUCUACCAGACAACAACUUAG